AUGGCCUCACCUCAGCCCGCCGCAGACAACGGCGUUAGCACGGACGACCCCGCCGUGACGAACUCCACGUACGUGGAACAAUUAGUCGCCGGUGGUGCGGCAGGAAACAAUGGUGAGGAAGAUGAAGCUCCCUCAGCGGUUAACACGAAGGGUUCUGAUGAGAAGCAGAAGGAAUUGGCGGAAAUAAAGGCGAAAUGGCCGGGCUGGCCUGGUUACACGGUGUUCCGGAUAGUAGUGCCGGUUUUGAAGGUAGGUGGCAUAAUAGGGCGGAAAGGGGAUCUCAUUAAGAAGCUCGUGGAGGAGACCCGUGCGAAGAUUCGGGUGCUGGACGGCCCAAUAACCUCUCCGGACCGCAUUGUUUUGGUAACUGGUAAGGAAGAACCUGAAGCGACAUUGUCCCCAGCAAUGGAUGCCGUAAUAAGAAUAUUUAAACGUGUUAAUGGACUGCCUGAGAAUGAUGGUGACGGUCAAGCCACUGCAGCUGCUGCGACAGCGUUUUGUGCCAUCCGGUUGUUGGUGGCAUCAACACAAGCCAUGAGCUUAAUAGGAAAACAAGGCUCCUUGAUAAAGUCUAUCCAGGAAAAUUCUGGUGCUUCUGUCCGGGUGCUUUCUAGCGAUGAAAUGCCUAUCUAUGCCAGUUCCGAUGAAAGGAUUGUUGAGUUACAAGGGGAAGGUUAUAAAGUUCUCAAAGCUUUGGAAGCUGUUGUCGGGCACCUGAGAAAAUUUUUAGUGGAUCACAGUAUUCUUUCCUUGUUUGAGAAAAGCAUUGCCCAGACUAUGCAAAUACCUCUUGCAUAUGCGGAGGAUAUUAUAGGGGUUCAAGGAACUAACAUUGAUUACAUUCGGCGUACGAGUGGUGCCAUUCUUACUGUGGAAGAGAGUCGAGGCCUACCAGAGGAAAUUACUGUGGAAAUUAAAGGGACCUCCUCGCAAGUUCAAGCCGCUCAGCAACUUAUUCAGGACUUCAUUGGUGGACACAGAGAUCCUCUUCUGGGCAGUUACAGCAAGCUGGAGUCGAGUUUGAGGUCGUCUUACUCACAGUUAGGCAGCAGCUCCUACCCAUCCUCGACAUUUUCAGGGCAGCAACCUUAUGGGGGCUAUGGUGAAAACCUAACCAGCCACAAUUCUCUUCGACCUAGGCACCUUGUCGAUGAAUUCGAUAAGGGAGUCCCUGUUUGUCCCAAACCUUCACGUAUCGUUACCCUACCAGACCUUACCCCUAACCUCGUUUCUCUAAUUCGUGACAAGCUCGACAUUUCAAUCUUCGCCGUCAUGGCCACUAAGAAAUUGAUCCCUUUCUUCUACGCUGAUCCCGACUACAUAACUUAUUUUAUAAUUUUAUUCGAACUUCCCAACUCUUGGGAUAUGUAA